AUGGAGUCGGAAGCCAACCAUAAUCCCCUCGACGAGGAUAUCAAUAACACAGAGCGUGUCCAGGACUUGGAAGUGAGGGAAGAGCCUCUUUCGCCACUGAUAUACGGACAAUACGCUGCCGACCAUACCGACGCAUCUGGCAGCCUGUACGCUGGGAGUGAUGAUGAAUUAUAUCAAGAUAACUUGCAGUCUUCACUCAAAAGGCCUGCUGAAGGAGAUUUAGCCCCUCGGCUUUUCAAAAGGCAAAAGGGCGUUCUCAACACCGACUAUUUAGAUCUUCUCAAUAAGGAUAUCGAAGAUGCUGCCCAUCGGGUUUGCUUCACUGUCGACGACGAAGCAUCACUACUCUACCCAAGCCAAAUAGGCCUCACCUACUGGUCGGUCCCGGAGAAGAAGCUAUUCUUUGAAGCCAUCGCACGCUUGGGCCAGAUUGACCUUCCGGGAAUUGCAAACCGUAUAGGCACCAAGAGCGAAAUUGAGGUAAACCAUCACCUUGACGUUCUUCAAAGAGCUCGGCUUUUGAGGCAGCGAGAAGUCAGACGUCCGGCCAUAGAAUUUUCUGAAAUUCCUGCUGCGGUGGAACUUAGCCAGCAAUGUUGCCAUGCCUUGGAUGAAGCUGCGGAUGCCAUCUCUGUACGCCAGGAGCGAAAAGAAGAGCAAAGAGAAGAGAGCAAAUGGGGAGAGUGCUGGGACAUUACUCCAAGAAUCGCACGACGGCUCGAUAAUGGCGAGAGUGUCAGUGGGGUCGAGGGCAUUCACUCAUCUAAGCUCUUUAACCUCCACGCCUGGUUGAGACUAUCUGAGCGCAUUUUUAUGAACUCGUCUAUUCCUAGUGAGAACUGGGAUUCUAUCGAUAACAGCCCACCGUCAAUGUGGGCUACUACAUUUGAAGACUUCCAUGCUUUGGCAGUCUCUAUCACAAAACGACUCGUCCAGACAACAAUAUUCCUCAGCAUGUCAAGAAUCAAAGCUAAAAAGCAACUUGUACCAACUACUCGCGAGAUCAUCAGAGCACAAGACGUCGAGGCAGCCGUGGCAUCGUUAGGACUCGCCCAUAAUUCUCGUCAUUUUUGGAGUAAAUGCGCACGAAGACUAAGACUGGAGGUACACGAGGAGCCGCCCGAUCGUGAUGAGGAAGGUGAAUAUGAGCCUCUUAGCUACGAACAGGUUGAAAGUCUUCUGUCAAGAAGCGAUGAGGAUGGGGAUUCAACCGCCGAACCGCAAACCGAUCUGGAAGAAAUCGUCAACGGCUCCGAAAACGAAGCCCUAAGCUCUGACUUUGAAGAGCCCCCUACACUAUCUGACGAAGAAGGUGCUGCAAUCGAACGGGAAGCGAACGAGGUGUUGCAGUUCUCGGCCGCCGACUUUCCAGAAACACACCGCAAGAAAGAGACUCUCAAGAACCGCAUUGCAGUGGAGCGACGACAGGAGCAGUACGCCGAAGAGCGCGAUCAGUACGUCAACUGGCAGGCUGAGGCCGAGAUGUGGGAUCUGCUGCAUAAGAGGCCGCCUAUCGAACUGCCCAAGAUACCGGAACCGGGUCCGCUGCAGCGGUCGACUAUGGACGUGGAGAGCAUCUUUCCCAUAGGAAGGGAUUGGAGAUACAAGACCAAGUACCGCAGCGAAUGGGAGGAGGUACAGGAAUAA